GUGUUAGUAUUUCUUAAAGACAUCUAUCGUUAUUUUUACUCGAAUCUGCACGAUCGCACUCACAAAUCAAAGCUAUUCUUUUAAGCCUUUGAUUCGGAGAUUUUCUUUGAUAACGUGUUGUUUAAUUUAUUGAAGGUGGAAUAUUGACUCGUUUAGAUAUGCGAUGUGAAGCAUUGUGCAGGGGAUUUAAAACUUUGCGCACUGAAUGUGCGCGUGAUCCUUGUCUAACAAAGGAUAUGUGUAAGGUGUUGAAUCCUUCUAUUACAGAUUGCUCCACUUGGUGUUGUAUAAACCGCAGCAUUUAUGCCUUUUUCAUAGUCUUUUUUGUUUGCAUUGGCAUAUUUACAUUGUGUAUCGGGCAUUAUUUAAAUCGGUUGCACAAAAAGAAUAUGAAUACUGGUACAGUUAUGGAGACUGGGGAGGUUAUAGAAAUGAAAAACCUACUCGAAGUAGAGGGGUCAGUGACACCUUAUCGUCCCAAACGCAAUACGAAGGUUGACCCUCAAAUUCUAAAAAUUUUAGAGGCAAAUGACAACCAAUAGAAACCUAGAAGGAUCAAAGGAGAAGAAAAGUCUUGAAAGGAAGGGUAACGCUAUUUCAAUUUCAAUCCCUGUGGGUGUUACGUCCUUCUGUAUGUCAAAGCAAAGUAACUAUUGCUAAUAUAAUACAGGUGCUAGAAAAAAA